CUAACACAAACUAAACACCAGUUGUGUAAACGUGUGUCGCUGUUGACGGACACAUCCGGUAUUUUAAGAAGAGCUCCAUUUGAACUUCAGUUUAAAACCGGCUCUUUGCGUGCAGUCCCCCCCCCCAAGAAGAACUCCAUUACCCGGCAUCCCUCGCUGUGUGUGUCCGUCCUCUCCGCGGUGUGUCGGUGCUGCUCCGGGACCAGAGGGGCGGUGAACCUGCAGCUGCUGCCCGGGCACAGAGCUCCUGAGAUGGGGAACUGAAGAGACACGGUACCCCCCCCUCGAGUCCUCCAGAGAGUCCACCAUGAUGUCUAUGACUUUUGAGGUGUCGAACAGCGUGACGCUGCUGUUCGACUGCUGGAAGGUGAACGGGCCUGUGGGGAUGGCGAUGUCGGUGUUCGUCGUCUUGCUCCUGACCGUCUUCUACGAGGUGCUUAAGGUUUGGAGGCUGUGGCUGGGAAACAAGUCGAAGCUGGCCGAGCCGUACCUCGCCCCUACGUCCCUCCACAGCGACUGCAGCUCCACGCUGGGGAGAAGCUCCUCCGACUCCUCCAUGACCCCCAUCCAGCCUCCUCCUCCAGCUCCCAGCAGCAGGAACAGCUGGCUGCUGCACGGGAUCCAGACCGUCCUCCACAUGCUGCAGGUGUCUCUCGGCUACAUGCUGAUGUUGUGCGUCAUGACCUACAACGUCUGGAUCUUCAUCGGCGUCAUGAUCGGUUCUGUUCUGGGUUAUUUCAUCUCCUUCCCUCUGCUGGGUCAGACCUGAUGGUCAUGGACAGGUCACUCUAAGGAUUUGUGACGAGAGGAGGUCGUUUUUUUUGUUUGGAUACUAAAUUGGAAACCACUCAAUGACUAAUCUCUGCACUUGUUUGUCAAAUAUUAACACUUGAGAAGCAAGAAAAUGGAAUCAUGUUGCUUCUAUCCCUGAAAUUGAGCUGCACAAUAAUGCAGAUAAUGCAACAUAUCAUCUGUACCAGUCACUAAUCUCAGUCUUAGGUGUCCGGCCUCUAGACUCUUUUAAAACACUUCAACUGGACAUUUCAGAUGUUUCUGAGGCAUUUUCCUUUUUCCCUUCACACGCAGCAAACAUCUCAAGGAGUUUAGAAUCAUGCACGUGCUGCGUCCUUGUACUGAAUCUACUGUACGGAAUGGGAAGUCUUCCACUGUUUGUAGCUUUCGUUUGUAUAUUUUUCCUGAUCAGCACUGACGGCCGCUGAGCCACAGGUCACAUUAUAAGUUGUGUCAGAUAGAGGAACUGGCCCAUGUGAUUUUUCUUUCUCCUCUUUAGCUUGUAAACCUCGUCCAGAUGGGAGUCACUCUCACGUGUGUAUGGGGACGGAGCACGUAGGUCAUGUGGUUCUGUGGAAAUCAUUGACAAACCACGAACCACAAAAAGCCCGUGCCUUGCUACUAACACUUUCAGAUGUAUUUGAUUGAAAUGUGCUCCUCCUCUCUUUUUGAGGAACUGUUUUUUGUAACCGAUUGUGAAACAUGAGAAGAAACGUGUCUGAUCAUCUGAGGUUGUUUAUUGCUGUGUUUUGCUUUUCUUAGAAUAAAAAUCUCUUGAUUUAACAUUAA